GACUCGUCUGUAUAAAAUAGGGAGCGGUACUGAUAUCGGGCACAUUCACCCUCAGAUAACACUUCAAGUAGGUAGUAGUACCGUGAGUUCAGUUGUUGACUACGCGUACGUAUUUUGACAAUCAGCUGAUUUUUGUUUUGUUGGGCAAUGUGUCUUUGCAACAAAGGAGCAGAUAUGAACAAGACCAGAUCUCCUAGGUCCCCAUAUCGGAGGCAACAUAGAGAGAUCAUCAAACCCAGACUCUCAAGAAGGAUCGUUCCCAGUGCCAGAGUCAAUUUGAACAACUACUGGCUCAAAUUUGAGGAACUGCACAACGAAUCUGCAUCUUGUGCUACCUUUGAUUCUCCAAGUACUGCAGAACUGUUAAGAAACUCUCAGUACUCCACCUUCCAGGACAAUGAAAUCAACGAAAACUUGGUUAACGAACUUCUAGAGCUUGCUAAGCUCUAAAGACAAUAAAGUUUUAGUGUACAGGUAUUUUAGUUUUAAGCUUUUUUUUUAAGUUUAUGCAAUAAUAUUCUAUCUUUUGUAUUGGUAUCUUUUGUAAUGGUUCUUAAUAUUGUUGCAUAAGCUUUUAGAAUGUAGAUAUGUUUGUCUUCCAUUAUUUUAAGAGUAAAAUUAGGUUUUCCGAGCAUUUUAUCAUUAAUUUUGGUUAAGCUGACUUUUUGAAAGUGCAAUUAACUGGAUUUGUGCAAUAACUUUUUAGUGCAAUAUCAAAAUUUGUAGCCUUUAUCGAUUACUUUUAAUCGUGUGAUCAAAUAUCUUAAGAAAAAUCAUUGAAUCAAUUAACUAUAGUACUACAAGCUUUCUAAGAGAUUAAAUUAAUAUUCAGCUCAGCAGGGUGCUCUUUUUGGAUGUGUGAAAUUUCAUAAACAAGGAUCUGUCAGUCUCUUUUUUCUGAAAUGAUCCCUUGUUUAUGUAAUUUCACACCUCGAACAAUACUAUCCCUCUGAAUUAAGCAGUUUCUUAUAAAGCUUGUACUACUAUACAUUUUAUUUUGCUUUUUAAGUUACUUAAUGUAAUUGAUUGCAAGAUGUAUGUUCAGUGAUCUCUAUUGAUAAUCACAGUAUAUAUUUUAUCAUACUCCCUCUGUGAUAUUCUUACAGGUGGUCUUCUAAAUUUAUUUAGUUCAAGUGAUCUUUAUCUUGUCUAAAUCAAAAUUUCCAUAUAAUUUAAUUCAUACCUUACAUAAUCCAAUCAGAUAUAUCUAAAAAACUCAAUAAUAUUCAACUCAGCAAGGUGCUAAUUUUCGAGGUGUGAAAUUUCAUAAACAAGGGAUAUAUCUGUUUUAUGGAAUGAUCCGUUGUUUAUGUAAGUACACAUUUCGAACAAUUAGCACCUUGCUUAGUUGAAUAUUAUUGAGUCUCUUGAUGAUUGUUGGACUAUAAGUUUUUUGCUUGCUGUGUUUUUUGGACCAACUAGCUCACAUUUGAAUCCUACACCACCUGUUAGGUUAGGCUAACUUCCACUGUGAUUUAGUGACGUAAUGGCUUAUUUUUUUUUCAUUUUCUCUCUCGUAUGCUUUAUGUUCUGUACAUACUUUUCCAACACCUUCGAUUUUUGCUCAAGCUUUAAAUGAUGCUUUGAAAAUUUUAGCAGCAAUUCAUAAAGUUUUUGGAGAUACAGCUUUAACUAGUUUUAGGGAAACUGUCUGUGAUAACAAAGCUUUAAUUUUGUUUAGUUUUAGUGCUUUUUUGUACCAACACUUAAAAUGAUACUCCCGUAUCGUUUUUCUUGUGGUAGUUUUGAAAAACAUAGGCCGAAAAGUGUCAAUUUUUUUGUAAAUAAGACUGAAAAACUGCUUUAUUGGUAAUUUAGGACGAUUAGUUUAGUCUGCACUCGAUUUUUAGGUUAAGUUCGCACUAUUUUGAGCACAUCACUAAGCUUCAAAUUUGAGAGUAAUUUUUUAAAAUAAUGCUCAAGCAGGCUAUGUGAUCGAAGUAAUUUUUUGUAUAUUUUUCUGUGAUAUCAGCUUAACAAAUGAUUUCUCUAUUAGAUUAUUAAAGACCUAAGUGGGAGUAGGAGGUAUGUGACAUUCUCAAAAUUUUGUGUUGUCUAGUGAAUGAAGGCUAUAUGUGACUUAUAUAAUUAUCAUAUUUUAUGAAACUUACACUGUACCUCUAAAAAGGUCAAUAACAAUGUUGUUAAGCUUUUUAGAGGUAGAGUGUAAGUCUUACAUGAUAGAUAAGUCACAUAUAGCCUUCAUUCACUAGGCAACUCAGAAUUUUAGAGAAUGUCACAUACCCCCUUCUUCCACUUCUUAGGUCUACAAUUAUUGUAUUGUUUAAAACAUGAUAGCUUUAAGUUUUUUUGUAUAACUUUAAAUUUAAAUAGGUUUGUAGUAAACAACUCUUCCAUGGAUCUUUCAUUAGCUUUAAGAUUUUUUUUGUAGACAUGUACUAGAUUUUUAAAAAUGUUGUGUUAGAAUUGUAUUUCAUUUUGUAAUAAUUGAUUUAGAUAAUAAAAAUAAAUGUGUGUUUUGAAUA